AUGGAAGAUGACAAACCAUUAAGUGAAAGUGAACGAUCCAGCAAAGAACAUUAUAGUCAUUUAGAGGAAAAAAGAAAAUCUGCAUAUGACAAAAUACAGGGUGUACGGAUCGUCAAAGUUACAAAAGAUAACAUAGUGAAAGAUCUCAUCGAACUGUACAAGGAUCCCAGCAUCAGUAAUAGUCGCCUUCUAAUGGAGAUCGCAGGACAAGAAGACGCUGUUGGAAAUGGAGUACUAAGAGAGGCGUACUCUUUAUUUUGGGACAAUUUGUUGGCGAACAAUACCAUGGGCGAAACCGAGUUCACAAUUCCAAUGGCACCUCAUUUCACUUUUGAAGACUACGUAAGCAUCGGGAGAAUAAUCACCCAUCAAUUUGUUCAAUGUGGUGCUUUUCCUGUUAGAAUUUCUCAAGCAUCUAUCACACAAGCACUGCUUGGCGAUGUGUCCCCAGAGACGCUGAUUUCUUCGUUUCUUAAACUCUUGCCUCCUAGAGAGAGAGAAAUAAUUGAGAAAGGUUUAAGUGAUAGCACGGCGUUUUCCCAGGAUGAAAUAAUGGAAAUAUUAGAAGAUUACAACAUCAACACGUUGCCGACUACUGCGAAUUUAGCUUCCCUUAUUACCCAAAUAGGAAGAAAUGAAUUCGCACAGAAGCCUUAUCUAUGUCUGCUUAGGAUUCGCCGAGGUAUGGGCCCAAUGUGGGACGGUGUGAGUGAGAAGGAUAUUGCAUCUAUAUAUAAUCUUUGUCAACCAACAACACAACGUAUCAUUGACCAAAUAUAUAUGGUACAUAAAGAUCCCAAAGAUGCUCAAAUCAUGAGAUGGCUGCAACGGUAUCUCAAAAUAUGUAGUGAUGAAGCACUUGUCAACUUCCUCCGUUUCUGUACUGCGACUGAUGUUAUGCGACCGGAAUGCUGCAUUAAAGUAUCCACCGAGUUCAUGCCUCCAGCAGCCAUUCGUCCUAAAUCUCGCACUUGUUUUGGUAUCAUCGUUUUGCCAAGAAAUUACACAUCUUUUACGCAGCUUAGGAAGAACAUGGACUUUUACCUUCGUAAUCCAAAUUUGUGGGACUUAAGUGAUUAA